CCCCAUGACCUUUAAAUGAUAUCCGAGAUUGACUGCCAUAAUGUACACAAUCUCUAAAGAGAAUGAAGUGCAAUGUACGUACCACGAAAAAUCUGCCCAAACUAUCUUUUACAAAUUGAAUUAGAAUGAUAUGAACCACAUAUCCAAACGAGUGGAUAUGAUUCCCGAUCACCGAUAGAAAAUCAUGAUAGUUCUAAAGCUUUUCUCACCCUGCUCUGUGAGUCUACUAUUUUCGUCUGCAAUUCCAGUCCAACACACUCUAAUAACCUUCAAUUUUCUCCGUGUCGAUGGCUACAAUCUCCAAUUUCUCAUCUAACCCAUCUUCAUCUCUUUCCACAAUCCAUAAAACCAACUUUUUUUUCUCCCAUUUCUCCAUUUUACCCUUCGUCUCAAAACGUAAACCUCCAGCUACAAAACUUCGAACAAACCGAACCCAAUUCUUGGUCACAAAAGCUACAGCCGCUCCGGGCACUAAAAAAGCGAGAAGGGAUGAAAGAGUCCAGAAAGUCCACAGCAUAGAGGAAUUCGACGAAGCCCUUAGAACUGCCAAGAACAAGCUUGUGGUGGUGGAAUACGCAGCCAGCGACAGCUCCGAAAGCAGCCAAAUUUAUCCCUUCAUGGUCGAACUCAGUAGGACCUGCAACGACGUCGAAUUCCUCCUGGUAAUGAAAGACGAAUCUGAGAAGACCAGGGAGCUUUGCAGGAGAGAGAAAAUCGAACAAGUCCCGCACUUCAGCUUCUACAAAAGCUUGGAGAAGAUUCACGAAGAGGAAGGGAUUGGACCGGAUAUGCUUGUUGGGGAUGUGUUAUAUUACGGGGACAACCACUCUGCUGUCGUUCAAUUGCAUAACAGGGAAGAUGUGGAGAAGUUGAUUGACGACCACAAAGCCGAUCACAAGCUGAUUGUGCUCGACGUGGGUCUGAAGCAUUGUGGGCCGUGCGUGAAGGUGUAUCCGACGGUGGUUAAGUUGUCGAGGCAGAUGGCUGAUAACGUCGUGUUUGCGAGGAUGAACGGUGAUGAGAACGAUAGCUGCAUGCGGUUCUUGAAGGACAUGGAUGUGGUGGAGGUGCCUACUUUCUUAUUCAUCAGAGACGGUAAGAUCUGUGGAAGGUAUGUCGGUUCUGGCAAAGGUGAGCUUAUUGGAGAGAUACUUAGAUACCAGGGAGUUCGCGUAACCUAUUAAAGUAGUUAACUCUCCUCCAAAUUAAUUGAUAAAUUUUUGUUGCUUAUUUAUGAUGUAAUACUUGGAAAUUAAAAUUACUAAUCGGAAACUAUGGGAAUUGAAAUUACUAGUAAAAACUUUGUAUUUAAGCAGAAACUAUCGUGGCAUGUAGUUGUAUUAAUUUUAUUGUAUCUGGAAAAUAUAGUUCUUUGCGCAUCCAACACGGAUUUGAGAAUCA